AUGACAGCGACUCCGGCCUCCCCGCAGCACAUCAGGGAUCGGCUGUUGCAGGCCAUUGACCGCCAGAGCAACAUUCAUAACAUGGCGGCAGUGCUGGAAGUUAUCUCAAGCUUGGAAAAAUAUCCCAUUACCAAAGAAGCACUUGAGGAAACAAGGCUAGGAAAACUUAUCAAUGAUGUAAGAAAGAAGACGAAAAAUGAAGAACUUGCCAAACGUGCCAAGAAAUUGUUGCGGAGUUGGCAAAAGCUAAUUGAACCUGUGACCCAGAAUGAACAAGUGCCAAGGGGAUUGCUGAAUCCACCAGGGUCGGCAAAUGGUGGCGUUAACAACUGUAGACCAGAUGUGUCACCUGCUAUAAUUCCUGGGUCCAAGCCUUUUCAUGAGUUGAAAAAUAGGAAUGACAUUCAAAAGCUGAACUCCCCGAAAACAGAAAAACUGGGAAACAGAAAAAGAAAAGAACACCACGAUGGACGUCAAGGCCCUCCUUCCAAAGUUUCCAAAGCUAGCCACGAACUGUUACAAAAUUCUUCUCCCCUUCCAACUGAUGGGAUUGGGGGGAACCGUGAAAAUUUCCCCAGACCUCUUGAUGUCAACCUGCACACAGUGCCUGAAAGCAGCAGGACAGAAUACAGUGAGAAUGAUAAACACAGUAAGAUACCAGUCAAUGACGUCAAACCUCACACGAGUUCUCCCGGAUUUGUAAAACUUUCCAGCACUUCCUCACAGCUAAAGACUAAAGUGCUUCAGCACCAUGAAAAGCAGGAAGAACCUACAGGGCAACACCAACCUAAGAGUCCCUGCUGUUCCUUUAAUCCUAGCAACCUAAGGCAUGAGCCAUUUGUCCGGCAGCAUCCCACAUCUGCACCAAAGGCUUCUCUGCCUAGCCCAUCUCAAAGGCCCCACUUCUUAGAUGCUACCCAGGCUUCAUCACUCUCUAUAGGAACACCAUCACUGAUGCAGCCUUCAAUGCUUCCAGUACCCACAAAAAGACCAGAGGUUUCCCAUCAGACUGGAGUGGAGGCUUCUCAGCACUGGCAGAAACGCACGUUUUCUGAAAGUCAGCAGCAGCAACUAGGGACCCUCCAGCACAUGUCUCCUGCUUGCAAAGUGAGCUCUCCCUCUGGGGAGCCCCUGAUGCCACGGGUGGGGUUUUCUCCAGAGGCUUCCAAGAUGGACAGUGAUGACAAUGCUACUUCUGGGCCUGACAGGAAGAAGAAGAAGAAGAAGAAGAAGAGGUACAGAUCUAGAGAUUACACAAUGAACUUAGAUGGAAAGGUUCUAGAAGGGGAUGUCAAGUCUGUCAGGUUAAAAGAGAGAAAAAAUACCUUUGAUCCCAUGACUGGAGAAAUUAAACCUCUAACACAAAACGAUUCUUUGCAGGUAGAUAUCCCUGCCCUUGCUGACCAGCACAGGACAGAACCGGACAAGCUGGAGCAAAAAAACAACUUGCAGAGUCCUUUUGAACAAAUGAACUGGAAAGAGUUGUCCAGAAAUGAAAUAAUUCAGUCCUAUUUAAACAGACAGAGUAGUUUGCUUUCCUCAUCAGGUGUACAAACACCAGGAGCUAAUUAUUUCAUGUCUGAAUAUUUAAAGCAGGAAGAAAGCACUGGAAGAGAAGCUAGAAAGACUCAUGUUCUAGUGCCAAAGAGUAUAUCCACAGAUCUGCCUGGAGUUAGUAGAGACAUCACAAAUGAUCUCAACAGAAUAAGGCAACUCCAUUGGCCAGGGGUGAAUGGUUGUUAUGAUACACAGGGUAAUUGGUAUGAUUGGAUGCAGUGCAUAUCUUUAAAUCCACAUGGUGAUGAUGGUAGAUUGAACAUCCUGCCUUAUGUCUGCCUAGACUGA